CCGCACCGGGAUGGCGGCGAAGAACAACAGCAACAAAAAAAAGUGAACCGGGCUUUGACAUCAGCCCAAAGCUGGUAAUGAAUGAGAAUGUCGGUGAAGAUAGCUACUGAUUUCAAAGCGCAUGAAUGGGUUUUUACAAAAGAGAGAAAAUGAUAGAAGUCCACUUAAUUUGUUUGAAUGUUGGGGGUUUCAAUUCAACGAAAAUGAACGCCACUGUUUCUUCACUGGGAAGUUUCUGCUUAAGCCAUUACCUAUCUACAUUGCUGAAGCAAUGGACUGCCAAUGUUGUUCUUCUGGUAUUGGUGAAUGUCACAGUGGGAGGAUGACGAAGGAGAAUAAAAUGCUACAAUUGCAUAUGAAAACUCCAACCUCUUCUACAUCUUCCUCUUUGGCCUGCACUUGCUUGUCCCUCUCAGGCAAUCCUGAGACCAUUGGAAAUGCUAACAAUGGUCUAAUUUUCAUGAUGAAGACCACGUUGCUUUCACCAACUACACUCAUUGCUCUCCAUGAGAAGAGCUUGGAGUGGAAGGUUUAUCUGGGAAGUUUCCAGUGAAGCCUUGCUAGACAGUUGUGUCAUUACGAAGUAUCUACAUUGACAUCAGUUGGCUAACCAUGGACAGCUAGUGUUGAUCAUAUGAUCUUCCUAAAUCAAGUAAUCUUCUUAUCCUAUUUGAAAUUGUGUACCAAAUAACUUAACUAAAAAGCUGGAGGAAAAGUAUCUUAACAUACAAGUUAUCAUCAUCUACUGAGUUGGUCUUGGUUUAUGGCAUAAUAUAUUGAAUUCUUUUGAGUUGAUUAAUGCUGUUGUAUCUUUAUUUUGGUUUACCUUUUUCUGGUUUAAAAUUUUUGAUGUGCUACUAUGCAUACCUUUGUGAUUCUUUUUGGAAGAGAUAAUAGCUCCAUUGACCUUGAUAAGAGAGAAUUAGAUUCAUUUAUUAUCCCUUUACUUGACUUGAUAAUAAGACAUUGAAUGUAAAGUGGGAAAGCAAUUUGAGUUCAAGGAAACCCAAAGAAGACUUGUUGUCAAUUCCUUUUUGUACAUAAUGUUUUUGCAUAAAGAACUGAUUUGUCCACUAUAAUAUGGUUUUGCUAAAAACAACAUAAAUGGUCUGGAAUUGUUUGUAUUGAGUGCAAUGGCUUCUACAAAGUUGUUUGUAACUUUAUCAGACAACCCAAAUUAUCAUCUUGGACUGGAUUUUUUAACAAAUUUCAUGCCCCUUUUCUUGCCUUCUUUUUUUUUUUUUUUGCGUACCAUAUUAUUAGACUGUCAUUCAAGUAGAAAAAGGAUUUGAUUCUAUUUUAUAAAUGUUCUCACAUUUGUGGUUCCACGAUUUUGCGAAGCAGAAUAUUCAAUGCUUGGAUAUUUGUUGAAUUUAUUUGGUUACAUAUUUUCUUCAAUGAUUCAAAUAUUUGUAAAGUCCCUUCGUCGACGAUAUGACAUCUUAGUUCAUCAAUGACAUAUAAGGCUACUAGGGAAUGACUGAGAGAAUGUUAAAGACAAAAGCUAAACUCCUGGAGGAGCUGUUUUAUGGUAUCUGAUCCAUCAUUCUUUCAUGAAGCAACUUGGUGAAGCUGUGAACGUAUUGUCACCUUCAUUGACGUUUCAAUCUCGACUGCAGAAGAUCAAGAAAAAUAUGCUAUAGCUAGCCUCUUCCACGUCUUCCUCUUUGACCUUUACAUGGUAGCCUUCACCAUGUAAUUCUGGGUUUAUUGGGAACAGUAGCAAUGGUCUUGUUUUCGUGAUGAAGCUAACAUGCCUUCGCUGACUAAACUCAUUGUUCUCCAUUAGAAAUGCUUGGGGUGGUAGGUUUAUCUGGUAAAUCAUUGAUCUGAUAUUGAUGUCAUUUCAAGAAGUGAUGCCGUAUCUUGGACUCCAUAAAUUGUACCCUGAAUCAUUUCUACUAUCUUGAGGAAAUAAUAUCUGUAUAACAGGAAGAAACUGGUUAUUUUGAUGCCAAUUGACUAGAACUUUGAUACAAGAAGAGCAGAACAAUGUCUUACUUAUAAAUAAGGCCGUCUGAAACCAACUAUUUCAUGAUUGUAUCAAUUUUCAGUUAGAAAUGAACUGUUAAUUUAGCAUAAAUAAAUUUUCCAUACAUGGAUUCUUAAGUAAAUAUGCAAGUAUUAAAUAUUCAAAUAUCACACAAGAAUCCAUUUUUGGAAGAUUUAUUUAUGUUGUAUUAACAGUUCAUUUCUAGCUGAAAAUCGAUGCAAUCAUGAAAUAGUUGGUCUCAAAAAGCCCUAUAAAUAAGAGAUUGUGCUGCUCUCCUUGUAUCUAUGUUCUUAUCAGAUGGCAUCACAAUGGCCAAUUUCUUCCUGCCAUACAGAUACUAUUUCCCCAAGGUGGAUGUAGCGAAGAAAUAGUUGAUCUCAAGCAACCUUAUAAAUAAGAGAUUGUGUUGCUCUCCUUGUAUCGAAUUUCCAUUCAAUUGGCAUCACAAUAUUUGGAUAUUUAAUAGCUGCAUCUUUAAAUAAAAAUUCAUAUAUGGAAAAUAUAUUUGCUCCAAA